AGACGCUGGCCAUGAAGGGGUUAACCCUCAACUGUCUGGGCAAGAAGGAGGAGGCCUACGAGCUGGUGAGACGAGGCCUUCGCAACGACCUCAAGAGUCACGUCUGCUGGCAUGUGUACGGCCUGCUGCAGCGCUCCGAUAAAAAGUAUGACGAGGCCAUCAAGUGUUACCGCAACGCUCUGAAGUGGGACAAGGACAACCUGCAGAUCCUGCGAGACCUCUCCCUGCUGCAGAUCCAGAUGAGAGACCUGGAGGGAUACAGGGAGACGCGGUACCAGCUGCUGCAGCUGCGUCCGGCCCAGCGGGCCUCGUGGAUCGGGUACGCUGUCGCCUAUCACCUGCUGGAGGACUUUGAGAUGGCUGCUAAGAUUGUAGAGGAGUUCCGCAAAACACAACAG